CAUAAUGAACAUAGAGAAUCGGAGGAGAGCCAGGAAGGACUUCCUGAAUUUUACUGAGACGGAAAAAAACCCAUUGAGAUGGGAGGAAGACAGUAGGUAUUCAUAGGGGAGACGCGGUGGCUGAGCGGUAAUGCGCUUGACUUCCAAACCGGGGCUCAAAUCAUCCUGGUAAAGACUGGGAUUUUUAAUUUCAGCAUCUUCGGGCGCCUUUGAGUCCACCCAGCUCUAGUGACAUUUGGGGAAAACUGAAGGCGGUUGGUCGUUGUGCUGGCCACAUAACACCCUCGUUAACCGUAGGCCACAGAAUCAUCUGCCCUGAAAGGGGAACUUUACUCUUUUUUUUUAGGUACUCAUAAGCGCUUGUGUAAUGCAGACGGAGGUAACACUCAACGAAAUCAAAAAAAAAAAAAAAAGACAAAAGGCCGAACAAAUAGAAGAUAGUCGACGCUGAUACUGAAUGUCGAACAAGAAGUUUAAUAGUAGGCCCCCUAACGAAUGUCGUCAAGCUAAAUCUACGCUCCUAAAAGAUCCUUAUCUCUAAGACGCCCCAAAAAGUAGUCUGUUUAUAUUUUGCUGUUCUUUCUCAAAACCUAGUCUAGUUUUUAUUAGUCGAGUCGUUGUCUCUAGGUAAAAACUUCCCCUAUUUCCGGAACAAAUAAUGAAUACCUAAUUGUGCCAUAAAAAGACUCAUCCUAGCUCACUCUUUAAGGUAACACGGAUCUAGGAAAGGAAAAAAAAACACAACAGGUUCUUAUGUAACGCUCAGAGGAAAAAAAAAUCUAAGACUACUAUUAUGGCUCUACCGAAUGGGAUCUCCUGGUUGCACUGUGCAGGUGCAGGCUUAAUUCUUAUUGGAUUGAUUUUACAUAUAGUGGGACUGGCCACUCCUAACUGGACAACGAUUUCUACUCCUAGAGCAACAAUUACAAAUGGUCUGUUUUCUGUCUGCCUAGAUACAUGUGUCUAUAUACCAGCAAUUGAUAGGAUUGGUGAAUGGAGCACUGCUGGUGCAUUUGCAAUAUUGGCUUUGAUGCCUGGACUUCUAGCUUUUUAUCUGUCCUGCCUCCAUAUUGAUAGGCACAUUCAUGGGAGACCUGAAAAUAGUUAUACCAAGUCGGGUACUUUGGCAACUGGAAUAACAGCAAUUCUGUGCGUUUUUCUCAGUUGCUUUGUCUAUGGUGCUGGUGUUCAUAAAAAGAUAGCCGAAGUAUUCGAUGCUGAUAUUGGCUACUCCUUCAUCAUGAGUGCCGUUGGUGGCGUCGUUUUCUUUUUAGGGUGUCUUCUGUUCUAUACAACUGUGUGAAUAAACUAACACAAAAGUAA